AUGAGUGCUGCCUUCUCCCGCCCAUUCGUAGAUCAGCGGCCCACUUACCUUAACAGAGGCAGCAUCCUGCCAUACGGACUGUCUCCCUCUAGUGGCCACUCUGAGAACCGCACCCACUCCCACUCCCACCACCUCCACUCUGACCCUCUGGCCCACACCGUGCCCUUCCUCCUCUACCCCACCACCAUGGAUCCUGGAGGCCUCUAUGACGCCUCGUUCCGGGGCCCCGGAGGCCCCACCCUGCUCCCAUACUUAUCUCCCUUCCACCAUGGACGCUUCGGGGUGUACGAAUGCCCCUUCGAGCCGGCGUUUCUCCAGAAGAGGAACGAGCGGGAGCGUCAGAGGGUAAAGUGUGUGAACCAGGGCUAUGCCAAGCUGAGGGACCACCUGCCAGGGGGCGCCAGUGAGAAGAGGCUCAGUAAAGUGGAGACACUCAGGGCAGCGAUUCGUCAUAUUAAAUACCUGCAGGGUCUGGUGGAGGGGCAGGGGAAAGGGAGAGAGGGGCAUGACGAGGAACAGGCAUGCCACAGCCCCAGUUCUGCUCAAUGUAGGACAGAGGACUCGGGACACAGCGAUGGGGGGUCAACUCGCUCUCUCUCACUCUCUUCCAGUAUCUCCCCGGGGGUAGACUGUGGGGAGACAGAGGGCUCUGGGACCUAG